AAGCCUCCGACCAUUUUGAGCAUAACUUUUUUAGCGUAACUAUCUUUCACAACGAUUGAGUUUGGUCCGUCAGCUCGCUUUUGAUUGCUUAUCAAAUUGAGUCAUCUCUUCCAAUUUAAAAAGCUGAAAGGGGUUAAGUCGGGGCCCCGAAUUGACACCAUAGGUUUUCGAGGAUCCCAAUUCAGAACGGGUAAUCCUUCUCAGACGUUUUGUUUUUCGGUAUCCAUCAUUAGUUUUCGAUUGUUUAUCUGUAACAUAUAAUAUCUCCCUAGAAUUCAAGCACUCGAGAUUAUGUGGGUUUUGACGGCUUUUGUAUUGUAGAACUAAAAAGCUGUUAUUUUUUCAAUUUAGUAAUUGACCAGGUGUUAAGGUGAUAAUUCAUGCAUAAUUUGUGAUCGUAUCAUACCCGGUUUCUUAGGCAACUGUUUAUACUUGUCUGCUGCUGAAAGUUUUAAACCAGUGUUGCGUUAUUCAGUUUUUAACACAGUUUAGUAUGGGGCUUUUAUUGUGUUCUUUCCCCUUGUUUGGAAUAACUUUAUUGCAGACAGAAUAAAUUGCAUUAAGGGAUGAAAUCAAAUGUUUUUUAAAAUGUUUGCGUGGAAGAAAAUUAUGAUAUGAUCAGCUGAUCAGACUUGCUUGCCAACUUUUUCUUAGUGUUAGCACGUAUUUCUGGAUUAUCAUGCUCUUUAUGUGGGUAAAAUAUUCAUUUUCUUCCAAUUGAAAUACUUCACUAUGCUUGGUGUAAAAAGUAGAGUAUUGAAAUCUUAAUAUAAACAGUUCUUGAGAAAUCAUAUAUGGAUUAUGCUACUACUCGUCAUAGGAUUCUUUGAGCCUUCAAGUGAAAACACAGUUAGGUGUUCUGUUGCAAUCUACUACUUCUCUAUCCAUAGUCUGUCAAAUGAAGGUGCAAGAAGAGCAUGGAAGUGAAUUAUCUCAAUGUCCCAGGUUAGAUUUCCCUGAAAAUGAGAGCUCCACGAGUCAAGAAAUUGACAAAACAGAAACCUUUGUUGGUGAUAAAUCUCUUCAGGACACUGAGGAAAAGUGUGAGAAAAAUUCCAUUUCUGGUACUGAAGAACAUGAGCUCAAAGAGUGUGGUUCUGCAAGGGAUUCUUAUGCACAGUCAUAUAGCACCGCAGAAAAAGAUGACCCAAGCAAAUUUGCUCGAAAACAACAAAAGUACUUCUCUUAUGAUGCACCACUUUAUGGCGAGACCGGGAUUUGGAUACCUGUUUCUGUUCCUCCGAUGUCAGAAAGUGACCAUGAAGAUUGGACUAGAGGUUUUUGCUCAAAAGGGGAAUACUUUCCUGAAGAAGAAAUAGGUGCCAUUCAGUGCUUUGGGGAAGAUAAAGAGUUAACCAUGUGGGAUGUACUGGUGGAAAUGUUGUUGGUGGCUAGGGGUAAAGUGAGUGCUUUAUCGUCGGGUGAUAUUCAUAACAUUUCAUGGAUCUCAGGCCACCUUGUGGAGCAAGCUUGGAAGGAGAUGGCUCAAACUCUCACAGAGGCUAAUUUUGGUGCUGCCAGAGAACUUCUUGAGGCAGAACCUCCCAAAUGGCUGCCUGAUAGUGCAGCUUCUUCCUGUAUGCUGUGUAGUGUCCGGUUUCACCCCAUAAUGUGUAGCAGGCAUCACUGUCGCUUUUGUGGAGGAAUAUUUUGCAGCGAUUGUAGCAAAGGAAGGAGCUUGUUGCCAGAAAAAUUUCGCACAGAAGAACCACAGAGAGUAUGUGAUGUGUGUUCCAUACGUAUUGAGUCUGUUCAGGCAUACUUGAUGGACAGAGUUAGCCGUGCUGCGCAGUUGCCAACACAUGAUCUGACAGAUCUCAGUACUUUGAGAUCAUGGAUAAAUUUUCCAUGGGGACAGUCGAUGGAGUAUGAGAUUUACAAGGCUACCAACAUACUUCGGAGUUAUAAUAAGGUCGGUUCUUUGAGACAUGAAAGGAGAAUUCCAGAAUCUAUUCUUCAAGGUGCUCAAGGCCUUGCAAUACUCACAGUAGCAAAAGUCGGAGCUGUGGUUACUUACAACAUUGGAACUGGGCUGGUAGUUGCUCGCAGAGAAGAUGGCUCAUGGUCUCCUCCUUCAGCCAUUUCUUCUUUCGGUGUGGGAUGGGGUGCUCAGGUAGGUGGAGAACUGAUUGACUUCAUAAUUGUUCUGCGAACUAGAGAUGCUGUGAAGACUUUCAGUGGUGAGGCACACCUUUCAAUUGGAGCAGGAUUGAGUGCAGCUGCAGGUGCCAUAGGACGAACUGCUGAAGCUGAUUUACAUGCUGGCAGUGGGGGCUAUUCUGCCUGCUAUACAUAUAGCUGCAGUAAAGGUGCAUUUGUGGGACUUUCCCUAGAAGGGAGUGUUGUCGCAACCCGUUGCCGAGAAAACUCAAGAUUUUAUGGUAGUCAGUCAAUAACGGCUGUCGAUAUUCUUCUUGGAUCUUGGCCCAGACCACCUGCUGCAGCCACUCUUUACCGCUCACUGUCUGAUUUAUACCAGAAGCUCUAAGGUGUGCAGCACUGCACCUUAUCGCCAUUCUUAGUCGUAUGUCAUUACUUUGUGUUUAUCCAAAUGGGUUCUUUAAUGUAUUAGAAAUCAUGUAAAUAGUUGUUUACAUUAUUUACCAGAAGGGCUCACCAUGACAAGUUGACAACACGAAUGGUUAAUCUAAUGAUUAUUGAGAACAAUUACUAUUCUGUACAAAUGGGGUGUAUAUAAAACAUCUAGUUGACGUGGUCUCAAAUCCCAUGAGUCAUGAUUAUCAUACCAAUAUAUUGUAAUCCUACAAAAUCUUGAGUAUGCGCGCAUAAAGUGGGAAUAGUGGACUCAAUGGAUCUAUGGCAUGCUCGUUUGGGUCAUUCGUCAACUUCAGUAGUGCGUAAAGUAUCCAUUUUUAAUAAUGUUGCUCCUAGCGAUUGUUUAGUGAAUAAGGCGUGAAUAAGGCGUGUUAUGCGUGUUUACAUGCUAAACAAACUAGAGACGUGUUUGAAUUAAAUUAUGCUUGAGAUGUUGAAUGUUUUGAAAUGAUUCAUUUUGAUGUAUGGGGUCCUUAUUGUUAUCCGUCAUCUUGUGGGAAUAGUGGACUCAAUGGAUCUAUGGCAUGCUCGUUUGGGUCAUUCGUCAACUUCAGUAGUGCGUAAAGUAUCCAUUUUUAAUAAUGUUGCUCCUAGCGAUUGUUUAGUGAAUAAGGUGUGUGAUGCGUGUUUACAUGCUAAACAAACUAGAGAUGUGUUUGAAUUAAAUUAUGCUUGAGAUGUUGAA